GUUGCGACUGGCGGCCAAAAUACCUCCAGAACUCAGAGCUUUCAGGAUGCAGAGUCCGCUCUGCCCUCGGAUGUCGCCAGGAUUGUAGCCCGUCGUCCUCAAGACUGGUGUGCUCUGGAGCUGGCUGCCGCCUCCCCAGUUUGCUCAGGGUCCUCCCUGUCUUCUCCCUCCCACCUCCCCACCCCCAAAGUAGUGCUCCCGCCUCGCUCCGCCUGCACAUCCCCCGGCGCGCCCCAGAGGUUUAUCAGGCUCCCCGCACGCACCGCCGGCUUCCUCUGGCGCCCAGCGCGAGUGACCCGAGCAGACCAGCCGCUGCCUCGGAGCCUCCAUCCAAGUCCCCUUCUCCCGCUCCCCUGCCGCCGCGCCUCCCGGCUCUUCUCCCCCGCGCCGAGGCGCCCACCGCGUUUCAGGUUUAAUCCCGGGUUGGACCUGCUGUUUCGCUCAUCCCCACAUUCAGCCUCUCAGUCAGCCCAGAGAAGUGAAAUCUGCACUGAAACUCUCGGUGGCUGGAGCCGGCGGACUGGGCAUGCUCAGAAGCCAGGGCUGGCUUUGGUCUCAAGUAGGAAGCUUUUGCACUCGGGAGGCAGCAGCGACUUUGGGGAAAGUUGAUCAGAGAGGGGAGGAAGCCCCAAGACGCGGAGCAGCGGCAGGAAGGAGCCCCCGGCAGCCCGGAGGAGCAUGGGCACCCUGCGGGAUUUACAGUACGCGCUUCAGGAGAAGAUCGAGGAGCUGAGGCAGCGGGAUGCUCUCAUCGACGAGCUGGAGCUUGAGUUGGAUCAGAAAGACGAACUGAUCCAGAAGCUGCAGAACGAGCUGGACAAGUACCGCUCGGUGAUCCGGCCGGCCACCCAGCAGGCGCAGAAGCAGAGCGCGAGCACCUUGCAGGGCGAGCCGCGCACCAAGCGGCAGGCGAUCUCCGCUGAGCCCACCGCUUUCGACAUCCAGGAUCUCAGCCAUGUGACCCUGCCCUUCUACCCCAAGAGCCCACAGUCUAAGGAUCUCAUAAAGGAAGCCAUCCUUGACAAUGACUUUAUGAAGAACUUGGAGCUGUCGCAGAUCCAGGAGAUUGUGGAUUGUAUGUACCCAGUGGAGUAUGGCAAAGACAGUUGCAUCAUCAAAGAAGGAGAUGUGGGAUCACUGGUGUAUGUUAUGGAAGAUGGAAAGGUUGAAGUUACAAAAGAAGGGGUGAAGCUGUGUACCAUGGGUCCAGGAAAAGUGUUCGGGGAGCUGGCUAUUCUUUACAACUGUACCCGGACAGCGACCGUCAAGACUCUUGUAAAUGUGAAACUCUGGGCCAUUGAUCGACAAUGUUUUCAAACAAUAAUGAUGAGGACGGGACUCAUCAAGCAUACCGAGUAUAUGGAAUUUUUAAAAAGCGUUCCAACAUUCCAGAGCCUUCCUGAAGAAAUCCUCAGUAAGCUUGCUGACGUCCUUGAAGAGACCCACUAUGAAAAUGGGGAAUAUAUCAUCAGGCAAGGUGCAAGAGGGGACACCUUCUUUAUCAUCAGCAAAGGAAAGGUAAAUGUCACUCGAGAAGACUCACCAAGUGAAGACCCAGUCUUUCUUAGAACUUUAGGAAAAGGAGAUUGGUUUGGAGAGAAAGCCUUGCAGGGGGAAGAUGUGAGAACAGCAAACGUAAUUGCUGCAGAAGCUGUAACCUGCCUUGUGAUCGACAGAGACUCUUUCAAGCAUUUGAUUGGGGGAUUGGAUGAUGUUUCUAAUAAAGCAUAUGAGGAUGCGGAAGCUAAAGCAAAAUAUGAAGCUGAGGCUGCUUUCUUCGCCAACCUGAAGCUGUCUGACUUCAAUAUCAUCGACACCCUCGGAGUGGGAGGUUUCGGACGAGUAGAACUGGUCCAGUUGAAAAGUGAAGAAUCCAAAACUUUUGCAAUGAAAAUUCUCAAGAAACGCCACAUCGUGGAUACGAGACAGCAGGAGCACAUCCGCUCGGAGAAGCAGAUCAUGCAGGGGGCUCAUUCCGACUUCAUAGUGAGACUAUACAGAACGUUUAAGGACAGCAAAUAUUUGUAUAUGUUGAUGGAAGCUUGCCUGGGUGGAGAGCUCUGGACCAUUCUCAGGGAUAGAGGUUCAUUUGAAGAUUCUACAACCAGAUUUUACACAGCGUGUGUGGUAGAAGCAUUCGCCUAUCUGCAUUCCAAAGGAAUCAUUUACAGGGACCUCAAGCCAGAAAAUCUCAUCCUAGAUCACCGAGGUUAUGCCAAACUGGUUGAUUUUGGCUUUGCCAAGAAAAUAGGAUUUGGAAAGAAAACAUGGACUUUUUGUGGGACGCCAGAGUAUGUAGCCCCAGAGAUCAUCCUGAACAAAGGCCAUGACAUUUCAGCGGACUAUUGGUCACUGGGAAUCCUAAUGUAUGAACUUCUGACUGGCAGCCCGCCUUUCUCAGGCCCAGAUCCUAUGAAAACCUAUAACAUCAUAUUGAGGGGGAUUGACAUGAUAGAAUUUCCAAAGAAGAUUGCCAAAAAUGCUGCUAAUUUAAUUAAAAAACUAUGCAGGGACAAUCCAUCAGAAAGAUUAGGGAAUUUGAAAAACGGAGUGAAAGACAUUCAAAAGCACAAGUGGUUUGAGGGCUUUAAUUGGGAAGGCUUAAGAAAAGGCACCUUGACACCUCCAAUAAUACCAAGUGUUGCAUCACCCACAGACACAAGCAAUUUCGACAGUUUCCCUGAGGACAAUGACGAACCACCACCUGAUGACAACUCAGGUUGGGAUAUAGACUUCUAAUGUAUUUCUCUUACCUGCUUCUGCCUUGCUGAAGACAGCUUUUCCUGAGACACAGCUGCCAGCAAACCUGAGGGAAAGAGAGAAGAUUCGUGCUCGGGGUCACCAUGAUGCCUUUGAUCGAUGCUGCUCCAGUAACUACAGUGGCAUUAGGACUUAUUGCUUAGAUGACAAUAGUGCUCUUUACAUGUUUUCUGUUUGAACCUAAAAAUAGCAGUUGACAUGGUGGUCCUGAAGCAAAGCCUUUCACCAGUAAAGAGAUGUUUUCUAUUGUU